AUGACAACAAUUUUCAUUUCUCGAUUAACAAAAUUAGAUGCGAUAAAGGCAGUAUAUUACAUUCUAGUUGCCGAUUUAAUAUUUAUUAUAAUUGCAUUAAUUCAUACAUAUCUUUCUAGAUGGAAUAUUCGUCAGCAUAUUAAUGCAAUAGAUCAAGUUGAGCCAAUAAAUUAUAAAUACCAGAGAUUAAUACGUAUAUUGUGUGUUAGUGAUGUCAGAAAAGAUCAAGAAAAGUUUUCUCUCGAUUUUCCUUCCAAAGUUAUGGAAGCAUUUCCAAAUAAUCACUCAUUAAUCGUAUUUUUGAUUCUGUAUAAGCUUUAUUAUCCAUCAUCGCAUCAACAGAUCCUUGAAUUUGCUGAAAAAAUGUCGGUUUAUAACACAACUAACAGAUAUAUCUCUUCCAUGCUUAGAUCUAUCAUUUUCCUUGCAUCAGGAACGACUCUUUUGAAGGGAUCCAAAAUAUCUUCAUCAUUAUUGUCAAUGUGUUACAAGUUAGAAGAAGAAUAUUGGUAUCAAAUUAUCCAAAACAACUCAAAAUUAGCAUAUUCAUCUUUUAUUGAGUUGAUAAAACUUGUACAAAGAGCAAAACCUUUCUUUGAAAGACAUAAUGCUGUAAUUGGAGGAAAUAACAAAUUUUUGAAAAAUAUCAUAUUAGAUCCAGAAGUUUGUUCAAAGAAAAUAGAUACAGACAACAAUAAAGAAGAGGAAGAUGACAAAUCUUAUACUGAUGAAGAAAAUGAACCUUUUGUUGAUCAAUCUGAUAAUUAUUAUGCCGAAAGAGUCAAAAAUAUAUCAAAAGUCCAACCAAAAACAUAUAAGUUCGCCAGAGUUAUUGUUAUUGUUGAUAUGUUUAUUGUUGUUUUAGGUGUUUUGGUUUCUUAUUUAUUUGUAACUCACAAAUCAUCUCAGCCUAUCGCAAAAUACAGGUCAAUUCAAAGAAUGUACAAUGCAUACAUCCAAAUUAUCCUUUCCUGGCAGACUCCGACUGAACUUUACUAUAAAAAUUCGUAUUCAGAAGAAUCGAAGAAUCAAAGCAUCAAACAGAUCAAUGAAUCAUUUUCAAGUUUGUUAUCAAUAGAAUAUAUAAAACGCAAUCAAACUAUGACUGAUCUCUUUCAGGCUGCCCAAUUAGAAUUAUUAUAUGCGAUAGGCAAUGAAACGUUCAUUAAUGAUACUGAUACCACUCAAAAAUUGUUCCUGUUGCUAAUGUGGCGAUGUGGAGACCUAUAUUUUGAAUAUACAGAUUAUGGAGAUUCGGUUCAUAAGUAUAUUCAAUAUUCAUUAAUUGGAUUGUCAGCAACAACGGUUUUAUUCCUGAUUGUCUUCAUUUUUGUUGAAAAAUACUCGAAAGAUUUGUAUAAAUAUCUUUCCUGUCAGCCAAUGCACAUUUCCAAGGAUUUCACAUCAUAUUUAUACAGAAAGUAUUCGAAGAUGGUUCUUCCUGAAAUCAAAUCCUCAUCACAAUCGAGAACUAGUAAUCAUUCCUAUUUAUAUUUCUGCAUUGUUUGCAUAUUUCCAAUACUUAUAGGCUACCUCUAUGCAAUAAGCCUCUAUUUUGCAGAGAACCAGUUUAUUAAUUUCAUUAAAUGCACAUUAUUGAUAUCACAAACUGCGCCUUUAAUAGCCAAUGAUGAUGUAAUACUUCCAAUUAUGAUGAACUAUAAUGACUCAAUAAAAACCGGUCUUGAAAAUGUGAAGUUAUCAUUUAAUUUCUUGAAUGGAUUAGGUAAUUAUUUGUAUCUCAGUCAUAAUUCGUCAUAUAAUCAUUCAUUCCUCCAUAAGAAUAAUACAUUCUCCGUCGAAUUCAUCAAUUACACUGUUGUCAAAUCAGAAUUGAUGAUUCAAACUCUUCAACACGUUAAUUCAUCAUUAUUUGCAAACUUUAUGAACAGUACAGCAAUAAUGAUGAGAGAUUUCUUCAUAAUUCUCAAAGAAUCAUUAGUCAAAGAGAACCUAAAAGAUGUUAUAUACAUGAGUGUUCCUUCUGCUUUAUCUUGUACAGCUCCAAUUAAUAAUUUGUUGACAAACUUCUCAACGAACUUAUCUUUUCUUGCUAAUUAUGUUUUGUUUGUAUUCAUAUUUGCUCCUAUUCUUCUUUUCAUUGCUUUCUUUGUGAUGUUUGUUUACGGAUUAGUAAUUUACAAAAGAUUGAAGACAAGUAAUGAAUUAAUGAAGAGAAUGAUGGCAAUGCCGAAGUAUUUCAAUCCAUUCUUUGAUGAUAACAAUGCUUUCUUGGGCUACAAAGACGAAGUCAGAAAUAUUAAUAUGACUUUAUUCAAAUGUUUUCCUGUUCCAACUUUUGAAAUUUCCAAAGAUGAAAAAAUCGUUGAUGAAAACGAAGUUGCUGAAGAAGUCUUUGGAAAUAUAAGAGGUGAAUUAAUACAGAAUGUUCCAAGCGAGAUGACAGAUGUAAGAGGUGUUAAACAUCAUUACAACUACGAAACAUUCCAUAAAAAGAUCUUGCCAGAUGAUUUGAUAACAAAAGGAGAAAAAGUCACUAUAUCUAAUGAUGUUACAGGAUUAUACAAUAAAAAAGAGACGCUUAAAGAUUUGUAUAAGGAUAUAAGAUUGACAUUUUCCAUACCAACUGUUCUUCAGAGAGAGAAAGCAAGUCAUAUUCAAAAUGUCGCAAUUGUCAAUUUUUCCUUUGCAAAUUCUGUUUCAAAUUCUCAAUUUCUUGAAUUUUCGAGCAAAUUGGAAGACUUGUUUUCGCAAUUUGUUUCUUUCUUCAUGUUUGAAAAGAUGCGAUUUUCUUUCUAUGUGCUCUUCUACGAUGCAAACUCACCAAGACAAGCUGCAAGAGAUGCUGUUAAUUUCGCUCAACUUGCGAGAUUCGAAUCACAGCAAAAAGAGAUGAAUAUUAAAAUAGCUGUUUCGAUGGAAGAAGAAAUAAUUGCUGAAGCAGAAAAGACUGAUAUGAUUUGGUCAGUUAAAUUCCCUAAUUCAAUUUUAUGGAGAACAGAUGUAAUGAUGUCUUAUAUUGAUUAUGGAAGAAUUAUUUGUCUUUCGAAGAUGUCUCCUGGUGUGCAUUUCACGAAAUCAAUAAGAUUAGGAAUAUGUCAAGAAAAAAUCGAAUGUGUUACAUUAUAA